GCAGUGACUUGUUUAUAUAAAGUCUGCUGUUUGUGGCGUAAACAUUGCUACAACAACAGAGAAGUGUAGUAAACCUUUCAGGAUACACCCGUCUGUCCAUAGAGGUACAAUGAUGAACCGCUGUGGUCUGCUAACUCUCCAGAAGGAACCAGUUCCUCUGAAGAGCAUUGAGGUGGAGCUGGAGGUGAGGGACCAUGUGGCUACAGUGGUCUCUACUCUGAACUACGAGAAUAAGGAGAACAAACCAUUAGAGGCUGUUUUUGUCUUCCCUCUGCCUGGAGAUGCUGCUGUCUGUCAUUUCAGUGCUGAGAUCGGACAGACACAGAUUGUAGCUGAGGUGAAGGAGAAACAGAAGGCUCGUGAGGAGUAUGAUGAUGCUCUGAGCUGCGGUCAGCAGGCCUUCCUAUUGGAGGAGAGUGAUCAGAGUCCAGAUAUAUUCUCUCUGAGUGUGGGCAGUCUGCCUCCAGGAGAGAGCGCCUCCAUCAGGUUGGAGUACGUGACUGAGCUGGCUGUGCAGGCUGAUGAUGGUCUGAGGUUCUGUCUGCCUGCUGUGCUCAACCCUCGAUACCAGCCUCAGGGUAGUGAAGGUGCAGGAGUUCAGGUGACUUCUGUUCCAGCCUCUCUGGUGCCCUACACUCUGUCUUUCUCUGCCCGAGUGUCCUCUCCUCGUCCAAUCUCUAAAGUAGAGUCCAACUGUUCCCUGGACCCGCUCCAGUACCUCAACACUGAUCAAACCCAGGCCACGGUCAAGUUGGCUGCAGGACACAAGUUUGACAGAGAUGUUGAACUGCUGAUUUAUUACAAAGACGCCCACCAGCCCACUGCUGUGGUGGAGGCAGGACAGGCCUCUGCUGAGCCGGGCUCUCUGAUGGGUGAUUCAGUGGUGAUGGUCAGUCUGUACCCUGAGUUCCCCCAGUCUGUGAUGUCUUCAAUGGCUUCAUGUGGAGAGUUUGUGUUCUUAAUGGAUCGAUCUGGAAGUAUGGGCUGUCCUAUCACAAACAGCAAGCAGCAGGAAACUCGCAUCAGCAGUGCCAGGGAUACUCUGCUGCUCCUGUUGAAGAGCUUACCAAUGGGCUGCUAUUUCAACAUUUACAGUUUUGGGUCCGGAUAUGAACACAUCUUCCCUAAGAGUGUGGAGUACAGCCAGCAGACUAUGGAGGAGGCUCUGAAGAAAGUUGAGCAGAUGGAGGCUAAUCUUGGAGGAACUGAGAUCCUGCAGCCCCUCAAACAUAUUUACAGCCAGCCCUGCAUUCCCAAUCAGCCUCGACAGCUGUUUGUCUUUACUGAUGGAGAGGUGGGGAACACCAAAGAAGUGAUAGAUCUGGUGAAGACUAAUUUGGGUUCUCACAGGUGUUUCUCUUUUGGGAUUGGGGAAGGGGCCAGCUCUGCUCUCAUCAGUGGGAUGGCAAAGGAAGGAGGAGGUCACGCUCAGUUCAUCACAGGGACUGACAGGAUGCAACCAAAAGUGAUGCAGUCGCUGCGAUUUGCUCUGCAGCCGGCUGUGGUCGACAUUUCAGUCACAUGGGAUUUACCAAAGGAAGUGUCUGUCACUGUCCUCUCUCCACCAAUCACAGCACUUUUCCAGGGUCAAAGGUCACUGAUUUAUGCCCAGCUCACUGGACAGAGCUCAGAGGCAGCAGAGGGCUGUGUGACGGUGAAGUACAGCCUGGCAGGUCAUCCCUCUGAGAACCAGCUGCACUUCAGUCUCAGACCUGCAGAGGACACUGGGCUAACCGUCCACAGGUUGGGUGCUCGGACUCUGAUUCGCUCCCUGGAGAUGGAUGAGAGAGAGAACAGAGGACAGCAAAAUGGAGGAGUGAAGGAGAAGGUGGUGCAGCUCAGUGUCCAAUCAGGAGUGAGCAGUUCUUUCACUGCCUUCAUUGCUGUCAACAAAGACAACAGCGAAAUGAUUCAAGGACCUCUUGUGCGCAGAAAUAUUCCAACACCCGGUGUCUUCGCCAUGGCACAGUGUUCAGCAGGAUUUAUGAGGAAGAUGGCCAGGCCAAUGUGUGCUCCAGUGCCCAUGAUGUGCAUGGCUGCUGCUCCAUUUUCUGCUCCAUCUGCUAUUAUGUGUGACUCCGUGGCGAUGUGUGACACAAUUACCAAAGCUGCUGUCCCCGAGCAGCCACCCAGAGACCCUUUGCUGCACUUAGUCUCCCUGCAGGGGGCGUCUGGCUGCUGGCUGCUUGAUCCAGCUCUGGCUACUGCACUGGGAAAGACCAACGAGGAGGUGGAAAAGUCAAAGCCUGAAAAGGCCAACAGUGAAGUGUGGGCCACCAUUCUCGCUCUGAUCUGGCUUCAUGGUUUCAAGAUUGAUGCAAAAGACGAGUGGGAGCUUCUGGCUGUGAAGGCUGCCUCAUGGCUACAUGCUCAGAAUGCGCCGUGUGUGACAGAGUGCGUGGAUGCUGGAAAUGUCCUGUUGAGCUGCAGCGUGAAGAAAGAAGCUCUGGGUCUCUGAGGGUUUUCUUUAAGUGGAUUGGUGAACAGAAGCAUUUCUGCUUACACCAUUAUAAUUGUUAUAAAAACAGAAUUGUUGUUUGAUUAUAAAAUGUUAUUUUACAUUUGAGCCCAAUUUGACUUAAAUGUUCAGAAUUAUCUGAAAAUCCAUAAUACACUGUAAAGAUUGGACAUCUACUGUGUGUGUGUGCGUGCGUGUGCGUGCGUGUGUGCGCGUGUACACAUUCUUUUUCUCUCCCACUAGAUGGUGAUAAUGUGCAUACUUGGUUACUUUUGACUUGUUUCACAAACCAAAGCCAACUUCAGCCAUUCCACUUCCUUCAGUUCAGGAUGCUCGUAAGAUACUUUUAAAAAUGGAAAAAAUUAAAGAAAGUCAGUGAAGAUCUAGGAAACUAAACAACUGCAAACUGUGAUUAUCAGUUUGAAAAAAAUGCAUGUAUGAAAAAGUUAUUUGGAUGUUCAUUCUGAUAGGACGUUCAGGAACACCCAAGCAUCCCAACUCAUCAGCAGUACAUACACUAACAGUGUUUUAAUCACAUUUAAAUUUAAUAAGUACUUUUUGAUUAUUCUGUGGAGUUGAGGAUGGCAAACAGAUUUUUCUGUUUAAGAAAAAAUGUACAGCUGGUGAUGAAAAAGCAGGCAUCACAAGCAAUUCUUAAAAAAAUACUGCAGCAGUGUUUUAAAACGGGGUACAACUAAGACAUAUUUACUGUUGUGCAACAUUGAUAAACUGGUUGUUGACAAAGACUUGCAAUGGUUUGGAGGUGGAGCUUCCCUCGCAGUUUUCUUUACCUUCACAAGUCAGGUUAAUACUUCCUGAUGUAUGUAAACAAAAUGUAAAAUUCAACAAGUUAAAGUGUAGACACAUUUAAAAUCUUUAAACAUUGUCUGUUUCUCACACACUUGAUUCUUUUCCUACUGUAAAUAUGUGUUAAAGUGCUCAGAGCUCAAGUGGGACUUCACACCAGUUCACACCAGUUAACCAAAUAAUCUGUGUGAGGAUGCUGGAAACAACAUGCAAAUUUCUUAGUCAUUGGUGCGAGGUGACAGUGUUAAACAUCACAUCAACAUGCUGCCCGAAAUACAGACAAACAUCUGGAAAUCGACUCACAGGAAAGUCCAGAUGAGGAUUCAGUUUUUCUUACUUGAACUGAAAAGUGAUCCUUUGUAAAACAGCUCAGGUACCUCAUCUCUUUGCAGCUUGUCUAAUGUGGUUUGAAUACUUUUGAGACAUACCUAGACUACUAUCACAAUAAUUAAGUUUUUUCAUGACUUAAUUUGUUACAGAAGUUGUUCUCUAUUUGCUUGUUUGUCCUACCAAACACAUCAUCCAAGAAGGAAAGCAAAGAAUAUUGACUUAUAGAUUUCUUAUUUAAAUAUCUACCAACACAAAAAGUAUUUACAAGUUUAAUUAUUUUUUCCUCUUUUGCCAUAUUGUAUAAUUUCAAUUAUACAAAGUAAAUCUUAAGAAUUUACUGCAUACAUAAUCAUUCUGUUGUAAUGACAGCUCAUUGCAUCUGCCUUGGACUUAAGGACUUGCUGUCAGUCUGAAAAAUCUGAUAGAAAUGAAAGCUGGGAUAUGCAUGGGAGUCACUUUAUGGAGCUGUUUACCUCAUCCCUUAUUUCACUACAGAAACAAACCCGCCAAAACACCAUAAACACACUGCAGAUAUGCAAUGUGAAUACAAUUUUUAAAAUGUAACAAAAUAAGAAUAAGUAAUAAAGGCUUAAAUGUAGGAAUACAAACAUAUGAUGUGACAUGGAUCAUUAUUAAUGUAAGUACUAUCUAUCCAUCUGGUUCAACCUAACACAGCACCUGAAAAAUCUACCAGAAACAGUUAAUCCUGUUGAUUAAAUGUUAUUGUUACAUCCAAUCACCUUUUGCCCUCUUCAUGAAAGAGAGCUGCUCUCUCUGUAUUCCAUGUUUGCCACACCUGAACAGCAGCUCAUUUGUGUACAUGCAUAUCCAGCUCCAGCAACAACACUGGGCUCUGUGUUUUGUGGUUGCAUGAUUAGUGCUGGUCAGUGUGAGCUUGAUGUCAUCUUGGAAAGUGAAAUAUGGUUAACCUGUGGAACCUGUCUUACUGUGGUCAGACUUGCAUAUGUUAGUGGAAGCUCAGCAUAGUUGUUCGUCAUUUUACUUAUGUGAGUUUGCUCCUGUUUUGUGGACAGCCAGAGAGAUUAGGCACUGUGUUUGUGUUUUUGCACAUUUUAGUUUCUUUAUUGGUAAAACCAUUUCCACACACGUUAGUAAAUGAGGGCCAUAUCAGGACAUAAUAUAAAAUGAUCUGGUUGAUUUUAAAUUAAGUAAAUAACCUCAGAUGAUCAACAACACAUGGGAUAUUAUUCUGUGUUAUUUAUUUUACAGAAACUAAACCAAAAUGCAGAAGAAAACUAGGUACACCAUUACUGCCUCCAUAGGAAUUAACAGAAUAAGAAGCAGCCAGGUUCUGUUAUUUAAUGCACUUGAUUAACUGAUGAUCAGAAAAGACAUCAGCAGUAAUCUUAGGGAAACUGUUGUUGCAGCCUGUCAGUCUGUUUCAAACUAUUUGAAGGCAGUUUUUCUACAAUGAGAAAACAUAUUGACACAUGAAAAACAAGACAGCAGCCAGUCUCCCCAGGAGUGGACCCCAAGAAUUCACCCCAAAAUGCAAAAUAACAUUUAUUAAAAAUGUAACGCAGCAUAUCAGCUCAAACACCUCAAAUUAACUGUGUAGUGGUUGAACUCGUGAGGUCACUGAGCUGACCAGGAAGUCCUCUAUGCACCAAAACAUUCUAGUCUGUCACCGCCUGUGUGACAGCUAAAGCUUGGCUCCAACUGGGUCAAGCAUAAUGACAAAGAUCCCAAGCACAGCAGAAAACCUAUAACAGAAUGUCAGUAAAAAAAAAAAGAAACAAGGUGCUGCAAGGGCCCAGCCAAAGUCCUGAACUCAAACUGAUUGGAAUGAUGUAGAGGGACUGUGUAUAAGUGAAUGCAUGCAUAACUCAAUGAACUGAAGCAGCACUAUAAAAAAAGUAGGCCUCAGUGAUGUGAGUGACUGAUAAAAUCACAGACACACACACACUUCUUCUCCAUUUGUUAGUAGAGCAAAGUUUAUUAUCUUGUGAUAUAUAAAUCUUACAACUAAAAGAGACUCAUUUCUUUUUCUCAUGACUGUAAAGAUAUUGGGUAACACAAUAAAGCAAGGAUAUUCAACUUGAUUUAGCUGAGGGUCACAUUUGGAAAAUGAGAAAAGACUUAAGGAAAGUUCAAGUAUAUACAUGUUAUUGUUGUGGUCAUAUUUUGAUGCAUUUUAUUUACUCCAUUGCAUUUCAGUAAUAUAUAUUUAAACCAUCUUGAACAGCUUAGCUGGGACUAUUCCUAUCAUGCAGACAAAAUGUCAUGUUCAUAAAC